AUGUACGUCUCAUCACGGAUUGGAGGCACCCGCCCAUUUCGCCGUAUCAAUGCCAAAGACUUCCAUGAGCUACAGUGGAAUUCAAGUAUGAAUAAGACGGGAAGGAUUGUCAGGGAGAAGUCAAUCGACAUGAACGACAUUUCUUGGAACAGUGAGUCGGAUAGCCCAGCGGAAGACACUCGCCUCUGUGAACAUGGUAACCGGCUUCAGCCAAGCAGGCCUAGGCGCCACAGCGAUGUUUAUGGGUUUCUCCGUGGUGUCUGCACGCUCAAGAAACCUGCCAUAGACCCAACGAGAAUGAGAUGGCUUGCGGGUCGACCUGGUUUUAGCACCACAACCUCAUUGCGCGAGAUCCUUGACUCGAGACCGAACCCUUGUGUCAAUGAGUGGGAGAUCCCCAAUGCCAAUUUCGCACGAAAAUUUGGGUUGUACACAGACAGCGGGCCAUUACCGCCUUCGAUCAAGGAACUCCCUGUUGCCGAGGAUAAGGCAAUAGAUGUGGUGGCUGGCCCAGCGAUGCGGGAGCUUAUCCACCACUCUGAUCCAUCGACCUCCUCUCUGACUCCACUCCGAGGGGACUUCUUACCCUCAUCUCAAGGCUCACGGUCUCGGUCACUAUCCCCACGGAAACGCUUGAUUCGGCAGCCGCUUCAUAUUCGAAUGAACCUGACAGAGGGCCAAAUGGACAAGAUUACUGAUGCAUUCAGCCACAAGGUUCACAGUAGCCCGGCACGAACUCGAGCGCGAGCUGCUGCCGCUACACCGAAGUCAAGUCCUCGAAGAAACAAUGAACCUCGUUAUGAAGUUCCAUACGGCUGGGCCACCCGCCCGGAGUCCAGUCCUAGGCAGGACUCUCCAACGUUCUCGGAGUUGAUGCCAGGCCGCCAGCAGAGCUCUACAAACGAUAUAUUCUCGGGCAACUUGGCUGAGCGUCGUCACAAAGCUCCGCCUCCUCCUCUCCAACUCGGUGGCGGACGGCGUAAUGCCAACGGGCCUCAGCGGCCUGAGAUGGAGAGCGUCACUGACUCGGUUUCUCCCCUGAGCCAAAGCCAAUACGAAGUUUCUCGAUUCACCGAUGAUGAUCCUGAAUCAUUGUACUCACAGGAAGCUCGCUAUAUGGUACAACCUGGGCCGCUUGAUAUCCGCAGAACUAAUCACCAAAGAUCUCGAUCGAAGCUCAACGACGCUGUUGUGGAUGCAUACAAGGAUUGGGCUCAAAUCCACACACCUUCGCCGCCGCGAGAGUCGCCAACCCACCCAGAAAGUUUGACUAGAAGGCCCAGACGGUCCAAGAGCACUGGUGAAGGCCUUCGCCAGUCCCGUACUGCUGACACCCCAUUGUCGGCGAUCACACCUCGAGAUGCGCUUCGAUCAGAUGCCGCCCCUCUCUUUUCCCCUCUUCAGUUUUACUUCAGGGGUCAGGACUUCCCAAUGGCCAAGAAGGGUGAGAAGACCAUGAUUGGUGAUAACGGUUGGCUUGAACGUACCGACAAGGUGCCUGACAAGACCAAGAAGACACCGCACAAGAAGGUUGGCAUUAUUGAGGGCAUCAAGAAGAUUGCCAAGGACAUGGCGGAGCUGCACCACAACAACCGUCGACCUCAGCACUCAACCAAGGAACGACCCAGUUUUCAAGUGGCUAUCUCUCUGGACUCUCGGGAGCAGAGCCUACUCUAUUGCGAGCUUGAGUACCACCUAAGCAGUGCGCUCAACGACUACAUCACAGUGCAACUUGACAAAGGUCGCCUAGUCCCCGACAAACUCAAGAGAGUAGCCGACGCAUGGCAACACAAAGGCCGCCCAAAGGUGGUUGGGUUCCGAUACGACCUGGAAACGCAACUGGAGUUAGUGAACCUGCAUAUUGAUGACUUUAGGUUCUAUGGCCGGCGCCAGGGUGACCCAGUUGAGAUAUCCGGGCUUCUUCAUGCUAUGAAGGUCAACGGCCGGGCCAUGAGCAUCCGGACCUUCUGCCAACCCGACUCAGUGAUUGCGAAACAGCUCGUGGAUGCACAGUCGUUAUUUAAGCUAAUCGGCGUCCCUGACGCGCAGCAGAUUGCGCUGGCUGAGAUUGCGCAAUUCUUCAAGGUGAUUGUGGAGAGAGAGAUGGACUACCGUUUGCAGUGUGAGCCGGAAGGGCGUCGGGCCAAGAUGCCGUCGCAUGGCCCGGAUGAUUCGCAGUGGCAGACACGAACUAACCUUCGAGAUGGAGGAGUGCAUGCGGAAGAGUGACAUUUGACUAGGAAUCGAGAAGCAUGUCUGAUGAUGACGAAUGGAUGAGGGUUGCGAAUGCCAACUGGAGCUUCGCAGCAUUAUACAAUGGAAAAUUUGAUGUACGAUGAACCCCUUGAGAGGCGAUGGAAGGGUUUGUCAUGUCGGCGGACACCACAGUCAGGAGGAUACGUGGUAUAUGGAUGUGUUG